CAUGCCAAGCGCCUUGAUGUGAUACCGACAACCUGUCGGUACUUCCUUAAAAGCAGGGAUCUUGAUUGCUCUUAAAUAUUUAAAAUCUGGUCCCCGGGAUAUAAUAAGAAAUGCUUAACCAUGUGCUUAAUACGCGAUGGAUGUGGAAAAAUCUUUAAUUCAAAGUAACAAUAAGUGUCUAUUCUAUAAGAAGAUUGAUAAAAUAAUUGCAAAAAAAAUUGGAUUCGUUAUAUUUUGGCAGCGCCACUCCAACGCAGUGGAGAAAAACUGAAGCUAAAAUCUGUAGAAGACGCUACGCUAUUCCCUACAACUCUUCAUUUUCAAAGAUAGUGUAACAUAACCUUGAAGCUUUGACGUUUGGUAAAUUAAUAGAAAGUUACCCCUAUGAAAUAGCAAGAUACGAUAAAAAUGAUUGUGAUCUUAGUUGUUCUUGUUUUAAAUCAUAUUAUAUAACGUUAAAGUAUAAAAGUAUCUCCUACGAAUUUGGUUUUAUCAUAAAAUAUAUAAAACGUUAGUUGGGGUUAUAUGAUGAUGACUGAAAAUAAAGCUAGCGGAGGCUAUCAAGCAACUGUAAAUUUCCAUGAACAUAGAUUAUUUAAAUUGCAAUGUUUUAUAAAAGUAUCAGAUAUACAGCAUAGCGCUCAAUGUGAAUAUGAAAAGAGAUUAUUUUUAGCGCUAUCAACUGGAAAUGCUGAUAUUAUACUUUAUUACAAAAAAGACAUAUCUUCCAUACCGAUUAUAAAAAGAAUUCCUUGGUUCAAAGGAGCUCAUAAACAAAUAACAGCUUUUUGUUUCGACCCAUACGGGUCUUGGCUCCUUGCAACUACGAGUGAUAGUUGUUUAUACAUAAUUCCUGUUUUAAAAUUAGUCAAUGAAAACUGUACUGUCAGCGAACAAUGGCGCACUGAUGAUAUAACAAUGGUUACAUAUGUUGGUACACAAUCUUCACAUUCCAAACCAACAGCACUAAUUUGGUGGCAAGAUACGAAGUCAUCCACAAAUAUAGGUAUUGUUGGAAACGAAUAUGGAGAAGUAAUGCUAAUAAAUCUUGAAAAUGGUCUGCAAGUAGGCACGGCUCAUGUUAGUGGACAUAUUAUUAGUCUAAAUAUUUGUAAAGAAAAAAGUAAUGAUAGUAUCUCACUUUUAAUAACAAGUAAAACAAAACAGCAAUGGCGUUUACUAUUGGAACAUCGUGCAUAUAGUUGUUCGCGUCAAUUUGAAAAUGAAGAAAUGUUUACGCAUUCUCCGACAAAUGAAAUGAUUUAUGAAAAUACAAAGUCUUUUGCUUCUACAAGAUCUAGAUUACAAGGACUUAAACAGUUAUCUGUAGAGAAGCUUGCUAUUCUUAGACAAAAAUUAGUUGAAACUAAAAAUCAAAACUUGGGAGAAAACACACGAUAUCAUGAUACUGGAACUAAUAAAGAUAAUAGUUCACCAAUUCUCAAUAUUGAUUCAUGCUCUGAAGAUUACAUUUGUACAAUGAAUCCUGAACAAAUGUCGAAAGAUACGUUUCUUACGCCACAAUAUGACAAAAAAGGCCAACAAAUAUAUACAUGUUAUCAUUUUGAAAGCAGUCAUGUAACCGUACACGGGUCAGAUUUUGAUGCCAAUCCUUUAUCUAUUCAUAAAGUACCUGAAACUUGUGAGAAUAUUUUAUUAACUCAUCGAUUGUUCUUUGUUACUGAUGUUACACAAUAUACUUUAUAUGUACUAUCUGACCAAAUGUCUGAGGUCAAUCCGCACAGAGAUUACAAGUUUAAUCCAGGAUGUAUCAUUGAUCAGUUUUCUUUUCAGAAUAGCAAAGAAAUUAUUCAUGCUGUAUAUAAAUUUAUUAACUUUACAAAUAUGACGUCUGAAAAAUUAUCUCAUGACGUUGAAAAUUCAUAUAAAUUAUCACCAAAAAUGAAAGAUAUACAAAUUGAGACACCUUAUAUAGAAACUUGUAUAAUUGUAACAAAUUGUGGAGUAUAUGGAGUUGUGCUUAGGAAACCAUUAUUAUCUGUUUUUAUGGAAUUAGUCUUGAAAAGAAAUGAACUUGAUAAAGCAGGAAAAUUGGCUUUGGUAUUCGGUAUGAAUUCACAACAAUUAUUUGAAUACGUUGGAGACAUAUUACUUACAAAUAGAGAAUUCCCACGUGCCGUAGCUUCUUACAAAUUAUCCAAGUGCGGAUUAUUAAAAAGCAUUCUAAAAUUUGCAUCAGCUGGUCACACCUCAGAGCUUUUAAGCAGUUUAACACAUUGUUUGAUUUCUCCUGGUAUUAGUGAAUUGUCAGCUGCAACAAGAAUACAUUUAUCAAAUUUAUGCAUUCUUGCUUUCAUAGAAAUGACAUUAAGAGCUGCACCACAUCAAUCCAAAACUAUUUAUAAGGAUUUCUUAUACUUUUUAUCUACAAAUUUAUUUUAUGAUGAACUUCUAGCUAUUAAUAUAGCAGGUCAGACCUGUCUUUGGGAAGUUUUACACCACUUGGCUACGCAAAGAUGUCUUUACGGACAAAUGUUGGAUGUUCUUAUGAGAACUAUACAUUUAUUUGAUGUGAGCAAAUCUAUGCCAUAUGGUUUGUUAAUAUGUUUAAGUGAGCCAAACUUGAUGCAAGGAAUGCUGAUAAAUCCCAAUUUAGCUAGAAAACAUAUUUCAUUUAUUAUUAAUAGUAUUUCAGAGUUACAAAUUUUUGUGUUACAGAGAUUAAUAACUUUAUAUGAUCCAACAAAUCCAGUCUUAAGACCAAAAUUGGUUAAAUGUAAAGCACGGCACAGGACAACUUCUUAUAGUUCUCAAUCUAGUCAAUGUGAUUCUAUAGAUCUUGCAGAGAAUAAUACAGAAGCUGAUACAUUAGUGGAAGAAAUAAUAGAAACAUUUUUGUUAAUACUACUUACUUUGAUUCAUAAAAAAGUCUUGUUAAAUCAAAACUCUAAUUUAGGAUAUAAUAUCCAAUUAAUGGGAACAAGAAAGCAAGAACACAUCAAUCGUGUUUCAAGCAUUGAUUUCAAAAGAAGAUCUUUAAGCGCAGGUUUCUCUCAUGUUGCGCUUAUUAGAAAUGGUGAUGUUUACACAUGGGGUAGUUCUAUACAAGGAUGUUUAGGUACUGGGUCCUCUGUGUUAAGAUAUGCUUUACCAAAUAAAAUAAAUUUUUUUCGCAACAUGGAAAUGGAAGUUUUUAGUGUGUCGUGUGGACAUUGUCAUACCUUAGCGGUAACUAAUAAUGGUAUUUAUGCUUGGGGAUCAAGUAAAUAUGGCCAAUUAGGACUCGGUAAAGUGCUACAAUGUUCUAGUCCUGAACUAAUUACUAGUUUGGCUCAAGAAAUGAUUAUUGAUGCUGUAGCUGGGCAAUACCAUUCAAUGGCAUUAACUGCGGAUGGACGAGUUUUUACUUGGGGUUGGGGAGUUCAUGGCCAAUUAGGUCAUGGAAAUACUGAUAAGCGUAAUAUACCUACACUGGUUAACUCUUUAUUAGGUAUAUUUAUAAAACACAUUAGUGCUGGCCAUGCACAUUCAUUAGCUCUAUCAGAUGAAGGUAUUGUUUAUUCUUUUGGAUGCAACGUAUUUGGACAAUUAGGAAUUAGUAAUAAUAUUAAAAGUUGUGUACCUAUGAAAGUGUUAUUGUUUGAAAAAAUUUCUCUAAUAGCUACUAGCUUUUUUCAUAAUUUGGCACUUAGUACCACAAAUAAGUUGUACAUAUGGGGCGCAAGUCCUAAAGUUUUAAAAUUGCAAGCACAAGCAUUAAAAAAGACUCGCAUAUUGGAACAGCAAGAAGCUAAUGAGAAACAAAGUAAUAAUCAAGAGAAAAAUAUUGAAAAAGAAGGAAAUGAUACUGCAACGAAUAAAAAUAUACAGGAAACUACUAAAGAAAGUAAUAAACAGGUUUUAUCAACAAAGAUUUCAUCUAGUCUAUUAUUACGAAGAAAGCAAUUUGACGGUACAAGCAUAAGGAAUAUUAAUGUUGGCUUACUUGAAGAAUCUCAGGCACAUUUAAAACCUUCUGUAAUAGAUACGAGUUUAGUCAAAGGACGUAUUGUACAGAUAACAACUGGGUGCCAUCAUAAUGCUCUCUUAACAAAAGAUGGUUCACUAUAUACUUGGGGUUGUAAUAUAGAUGGACAAAUAGGCAAUGGCACAAAAUAUGAAGUUUCUAUUCCCACACCUUUGAGUUACAAUCACGCAGCACUUUUUGCUCAAGUAGAUUCAAUAGCAGAUGAUAAAAAUGGAAAUAUAACUAAUCCAAAAGAAGGAAAAACAACUCACAUGGACAAUUCUGACAAUAAGGAAAAAGUUAAUUCUACGAUUAAAUCUAUUGGAGUUUAUUGUGGAUAUGACUAUACCGUUGCUAUGCAACCAGGUGGUACCAUUUUGGCAUGGGGUAAUAACAAUAGAGCUCAAUUAGGCCGAAUAUCUAUCAAAGAUACACGAGAUACCGAUGAAAAGCUCGUAGUACUUAAAUCUUCUAAUAUAAUUUUAGAUGUCCCUAAUAUUCCCGCACCUAUUAUUUCUUAUCAGAGUUAUGAUAUUCCUUCGCUUGCUGGUUUUAUUUCUCCUUUGAGCGUUAUUGAAAAAUCACCAGCAGAAUUGACGCUUCAUUAUGUACUUGAACAUUUUAAUGGAUUAUACGACUCGACAAAAAUUAUGGAAAAGUGUAUUGAAUUAGAAAAUUAUCAAGCAUGCUCAAACGUGGCUGCUUUACAACAUAACUUUUCUGAUGCUUUUUCAUACCAAUUGAAGGCAUUGAGCGCAAUGAAUUUCCAAUUGAAAUCUGUAACGGUAGAAAAUUCUGAUGAAGCAAUAAUGUUGGAUAAACAAAAUGCAUCUGAUAUUUCUUCUUUAACGGAAAAAUUGCACUCUAUUAAUUGUAAUUUGAAAAGAAAUACUGAACUUUUUAACAAACAAGUUGAGAAAAAUUUGAUCGAAUCUGUAGAAGAUUAUGCAGCGAAAAAUAAAAUGAAAAUACCAUCGAGUAAAUCUUUGAAUAGUUUACAAACUCUUGAAGAAGGUAUGUACGCUUUUGAUUGUCAAGGAGGCUCAGAAGAAUUAUGCAAAGAACCAAAAUGUGAAGAUAUACCUCUUGACAUUACGGAACAUGUCUUCGAUUCUGAUACUGUUACACCUGAUCAUGAAAAAUGGAUAGAGCAUGCUAUUUUUGAAAAUAAUUUAUCAAUAGAAUAUGGGAAAGCUGAUAAUGUAGAUAUAUCUUCGAAACCGAUAGGUGUAAUAAUAAAUAAUGACAAUAAAGUGACAAUGAACGAAGAUAAGAUAGACAAAAAUUAUAAAAAAUCUAUAAAUGUUAAAGAAAGUAGACAUUUCCAAAAAAAUAAUCUUGUAAAUGAAGCUAUAAAAGUACUUAAAUUUUACCUACACGAAGUUGAAAACGAAGCGGAUGUUGUUAAAUGCAACAUAUUGCAAAAUACGCUUGAAUUUUGGAUACAACAUGAUUUAUCAUUUCAAAGUUUGGAAAAUAUUUUUUUUGAAAAUAUACAUACAAUUUUUUAUCCCCUAGGAUUAUUGCUAUUUUGUCAGGAAACAAUGGAAAUGUAUUCCGAUGAGAAUAAAAACGAUGAAAAGUCUACGAGUAUGAACAUGACAGAUCUGUUUUCAUCUAAAUUUUGUCUACAAAUUUGUUCUAUGUUAUUACAACAUAUAAAUGAAGGCCAACCUACUCCUGAAUAUAUUAAACUUUUGUCAUCUUUAAUGGCUGAUCACUAUGGAGUACCACUUACUGGAUAUCCUGGUUCAAGUAGAAAUAAUACUUCGGCGGAGAUGAUAGAUGGAAUUAUUAGCACAGUGUCUACAGAAAAUGAUACACCUAGGCCAUUUGUGCACAUUAAAGAUUCAGAUGCAGUGUGUAGUUUCCUUGCAGUGGAGGAAGAUUCAAUGGUAUUUACUUGUGGGCACCAUUAUCCACUUUCUUUAUACCAAACAAACAUUAUUCCAGCAAUGGAAACUGGAUUACUAACGUCAGAAUCAUUACUUCUUCCAUGUACAGCACAAUAUUUAGGAAAAAUGUUAUCUCAGACGUUAAACCCAGAUAUUCUAUGCCCUUUAUGUAUUCCACAAGCAUUAAGAGCACUAGUGAAAAAAGAUAAUAAAUAAUACGUAUGUACCUGAGAUUUCAAUUAAAUAUAUUAAAAAUGUACAUUUUUCACGUAUAUAUAUAUAUAUAUAAAAGAAAGAAAAGAAAUGUAGAAAAGAAAUAUAAAAAAGAAAAAAUUAGAAAUGCAUAUGUAUAACGUCAUAAUUUAAGUAUUGCACAAUAAUAUUUGAAUCUGUCAGUGCCAUAUUAAUCACAUGUUAGAAUCAAAUGGUAACGUUUUACAUUUCCUAAUUAUCAUUUUUUUUCGCUUUUUAUAUUAUCUUCAGAGAUAUAGAUAGAUAGAUAUAUAUAUAUAUAAAACUAUAAAUUACUUCAAACUUAGAAUAAUUAAAUUAAAUUUUGCACAGUCUUAUGAAAAUGCAUUAAAUACGCACAUUAAUAAGACUUGAAA